UGGUUCCAUCAACUAUUCAGAAUUGCUUGUCGUUCCUGGUAAAGCUCCCUCCGAUAUCCAAUGUGGGCUUUUCUUCUUUGCUUCAAUUGUGGAGGGUCACCGGCAUGAUAAAUUUCUAUUGAUUUAUAUAAUAUCACGGAUAGGUUCAUAAUUCUUCAAUAAAGCAAAACUUUACUUUUUGAGUGUUGAACAUGUUUAAAGUUCGCCUGAAUCUGUAUUUAUGAGGGCAGACGGCGUUGUGAGAGUUUUAUACGACUUUUUCUGAUAUGCAUCAUAGUAAUAUUUCUAUCCAACUGAUAUCUUGAAAGCUUACAAUGAGAACACCUUAAAAUCUACAGGCCGCAACAAAAAAUCAAAUUUUGAUUCUUUUCCCUUUUAUCACUAUUAAUAAUAUGGACCAACAUCAGCCUGGCAAAAUCAUCAAUAAUGUGAGCGCAACAACUGCCAUUGACUUGAAAGCUGUACUUGCACAACAAAUCGACCAUUUCGAAAAGGUGAGAUCGAGUACGGGAAAACAAGCGACGGCCAGAAAACCUGAUAAAAAACCUACAGUAUGGGCUAAACAGAACAAAGGCGUGGAUGCCAGAAAUGCAAAGGAUGCAAAGCAACAAUUAGAAGCCGUCGAAGGCGGCACUUUGGCUAGAAGUAGAGAACAAUUGGAAAAGAAGGCAAAGAUUUACGAACUCAUGCGAACUGGAAAAUAUAAGAACGACAAUGACGAAGAAUCCUUGAUUGACUUUGACCGAAAAUACAUGCAGGAGCGAGAUAUAGAUCAAGAGGUGUCAGAAAAAAAGAGAAAAAGGGGCAGUGAAUAUGAAGACGACGAUCCUUGGGUAGAAUAUGAAGAUGAGUUUGGUCGUACACGUAUCGUACGUCGUAGUGAACUACCUGAACGCUCUCCUUCACCUGAGCCAUACAGCGACGAGGAAUAUAGCAUGCAUAGGCCAAGCUAUGAGAUGGAUACGGAUUUAGCAGAUCGUUCUAAUAUGCGCCAUUACGAAGCUGACCGAGAAAUCAGAACAAAAGGUGUGGGUUUUUAUGGCUUUUCUAAAGAUGAACAGGAGCGUCAAGAACAGCUUCAGAGAUUAAAUCAGUUGCGUGCAGAGACAGAAAAUGCUCGUGGUUCCGCCUCUUCAGCUUCUGAAAAACGAAAGCAAAUGUUGGCGAAAAACGCAGAAAAAAUCAGAGCAAGAAAGGCAGCACUACAAGCAAAAAAAUAUCAUCAAUUAAAACCUGAACAAAUUCCACAAAAUCUAAAUGAGUUGGUAGUGAAUGAAGAUAGUGUCUCUGAUUUCUUAAAGUCGAUGCGAAAACAAGCAGAGUAGAUGUUACAAUAAUAAUGAAUAAUAAAAAAAUACAAAGGGGGGCUGGGGGAUAGUUUUAUUUCAAAUACUUUGAAUAAGCUUUAAGAAGCGUACGCCUUGCUGUUUCACGCUUAUUUUCAACCUCUUCUUCCAGCACAAAUAAGG